UUGGCAGCCAUGAAGGCUGAGCAACUUUUAGACAUUAAGAUUUCACGUGGAAUACUGUUUGGGGGAGUCAGAAGAAGGAGGGAGAUAUUUCCAAGACAGAAGAAAAGAUAUAGGCCAUUGAUUAAAGAUGACUGCAUCAAAACUGAAGGGGACACAGGCCACAAAAAUCUGAGAAAAUGGAUGGGAAAGCACCUGUACAAAUUGAAAGCAUUAAAAAAUAUAAGUAAUAUUGGACUGAAACCGGUGGCAGAUAACUCCAAACAUGGAAAUGAACACUGCAGGAGACACCUUGGACGAGGUCCAAGUGACCCACUCGGGAGAUCAGAGUUAUCUACAAGGAAAGAGACUCUUACCUAUUUUCCAGCUGGGAGCUGGAUACCUUGUUACCACAAUGGAACAUCCAGCAGUUUUGGGAAGAAAAUGUCUCCAGGACAUUGGGUCAGACAAGAUGAAAAAGUAGAAAUUGGGGUCUACUCUUCCCCAGGAAACCCACGGAAUGGAAGGAGCCUAGAUGGAAUUGCCCAUGGAGUCCGCUCUCACUUCCCAGAGCCUCCUCUCGCAUCGUUGCUGCUUUUAAGUUAUCCUCUUGAUGAACUGGGAAUCAAAACCAUGAGCUCACUGUGGUGGGAAUGA